UGUGUGUGUGUGUGUGUAUUCUGAUGGUGUGUGUCUCUUCCUGUCUCCACAGUGUGAUUUAAAGUCAGCUUCUUCAUCUCUCUGAAGAGGAGAUCUCAACACUUCAGGAGGACCAGGAGACAUGGAGAUGGCUUCAAGACCUAGAAGAAGACGGAGCAGAGACUUCCCUCCUGAUUUCUCUGAAUUAAUGAACACACUUAAAAAUCAUGCAGCUUCAUUCAUCAGAGAGUUUGGCAGCAGAGAACAGAAGAUGAGAGAGAUAGUUAGAGAGUUUAGGGAGAUCUCUGAUGGAGUCAGAAAGAUGCAGGAGAUAACAGAUAGAGUCAGAACAGUAGGAGCUGUUACUGGAGGAGUAGGAAUAGGACUCUCGGUCCUUGCAGCUCUGUUCACUGGGGGGGUUAGUUUAGCAGUUGUACUGUUAGUAGCAGCAGCAGGAGGAGCUGUUACUGGAGCAGGAGGAAUAGGACUCUCGUUCCUUGCAGCUAUGUUUACUGGGGGGGUUAGUUUAGCAGUAGUACCGUUAGCAGCAGUAGCAGGAGGAGCUGCAGCAGCAGGAAAAGGUGUGGUUUUUGCUGUAAAUGUAACAAAAAGAAUGAAAGAGACUGGAAGUGCAAAGAAAGUAGAAGAACUGGGGAAAGAGUUCAUGGAGAUCGUUGAACCGCUGAAGAAGGACCUGGAAGAAAUAAAGAGGACGUGCGAGAAGUUGGAGGAAAGAUCAGCUGGAGAUCAGGCUGGAAUCACUCUGAGAGACAUGGAGGGGUUACAGAGGAUUCUGACACGAGUUUCUGAACUGGCAGAAAGGAGUGAAGAAGUUGUGUUUGUCACUGCAACACUGAUGGGAAUUAUUCGGUGCUUGAUAUUGCUCCUUGUGACAAUCUUCAGAGUCACAGCGACCCCUGAAGAGGAUAAAAAGUUAAGAAACUCCAUCAUCCAGUCAGCUGUUCGCUGUCAGGAGGUCGUUGUCAAGUUUGAUCAGAUGAAGAAAGAACUCAAAGACUUCACUGAAAAAUAAAGAUAGAAGCAGCAGGAGAAGAGAAAGACUGGUUCACACUGAAACUGCUGACUACCUGUUAGUGUUUGAUCAUUAUCUAACAUACUGGACUCAUAGUAACUGAAUCAGAUGAUCAAUAAAACUUUAUCAUAUUUCAUAUGUUGGUCUGUUGAACACUGAGACUGAAUUAU